GCGACGUCAUGCCAAUGAAACAAUCCUCACCCGUUCACUAAAAUAAAAAUAAACCCUCCAAAAAUUAAGCAACAAAUCUCGUGGCAUUUCCAAUCUAAAACUCUACAGUAUAUCUGCGCCACAACCUAAUACCCAUCACUCCCUCACUCACUAACAAACGAUGGACGUUCUUCUCUCCCUCCCAAUAAUAUCCUACCUCAUCUCCCCCGCCUCAGCAUCAUGGUCCACAUCCUUCAACAUCUUCUUCUUCUACGUCCAGUGGACCACCUUCGUCCUAACCCACACGCCCUUCCGCGUGCGCCUCAUCGGCUCCCUCGCCACGCGCAUAAUCCUAUUUCUCUUCCCGUCGCUUGUAUCGUUGCUAUUUGACACAGGCGUGCCAAGUAUCGCAGAGUCGAUCAAAUUUGGCGGCCGUGCUUCGCUUGCCCCGCGGGAUGCGCGCUUGCUUACGCGACAGCUGGGCCUUGUGCUGGUGAACCUCUUGUGCGUGACGUUGCUGGAGGGCGCGUCGCAUUUGGCGUUUGUGUAUCUCGUUGGUGAGAAUGAUUUUAAUCCGACGGCGUUGCUGCCUUUGCCGUGGCAGUUGGCGAAACAUAUUGUGCUUAUGAUGACGGGGCGUGAGGUGUUGACUUAUUACAUUCAUCGCAAUCUUCUUCACUCCAGUGGCGCAAUUGGCAAGCUUCACAGACGCUUCAGUCACGCGCGAUCAGCAGCGCCGUACAGUCUUCUCGUAUUUGCAGAUUACCCCAUCCCUUUUCUUCUCCAUCACUUCUUCCCAAUGUACCUGCCCGCCAUCGCCCUGCGCCCUCACAUGGUCACGUACUUCCUCUUCCUUGCGCUCUGCACGGUCGAAGAGACAAUCACCACGUCAGGGUACAGUGUCGUGCCUGGCAUUAUCAUGGGUGGAAUGACGCGUCGCAGAGCAAUUCAUUACGCGAGCGGAGGCGAUUGCAAUUUCGGCGCCUGGGGAGUUUUGGACUGGGCGAAUGAUACAGGAAAAGGGAGGGAUGUUCUCGACGAUGUGAGGGCUGAGGCGGAGAAACAUAACGUCAAGGAGAGGUCGGCGGAUAAGUUGGAUAGCGGUGUGAGUGCUCUCCAGGGAGGGAUUGACAAAUUGACGAAUGGAGAUGAUGGCGGUAAGAGGAGGAGUUCGCGAUUGAGAGCAAAACGCGGCAAUUGAAUGGAGUCCAUUUUCGAUUGACAUCAAAGUCGUUUCCCAGCAAAUAACGUGCAGCCAUCUAAUAAUAAGUGUACAAACUCCCAUCCAUCCCAUUGCUUGUUCCAUCUAUUUAUAUCCCAUCUUCUUCGCGAACCAGCUCAGCGUCUCAAUGCCGCUCUGCACUCUCAUGCCAAUUCUAGUGUCCAGCACAAAAGUCUCCCAUACCUUGGCGACAUCCAUUUGCUUCACACACUCGUCGUAUUUUUCUCUUCUAUACGCUGCAAUCUCAUCCGGUGUGCCUUCGGGAGGAUUGCAACACUCUGACCAUGCGAUGGCGCCUUUUUCGUACACUGCUGCCGCGAGGACGUAGUCAUCCUUUGUCGGGCCCUUAAAUGCGAAACUGACCUGGUUAGACGUGAUACGAUUGACAUGUGACUCUUGAACUUACCGGUCAAACUUAAAGACAUGCGUCUCCAAUAACUCUCUCGCCUCGGCAAACUUCUUCUGAUUGCGGAACAACGAGGCGUUGAUGAGCGCCCAGGCUCCCAUCUCAUCAACCUCAGCCUUGAUCUUAUCCGCAACCUCCGUCUUAGCAGUGCAUCUGUCCCAACUCAUGUCCCCAACUGCCUUGUCCAGUUCAGCGGGUCCCAUGCGCUUGAUGGUGUUCCACAUGUAACUCAUCUCCAACGCGGGACUGGGCCCAAUCGCAUCAGCGAGAUCGACGCCAAAGCUCUUAGCGCGGUCCUCCCACUUCUGUAUCUUGCGCUGGACAAACACCUCGAACGGCAGCUGGCGCGCCAUGAAGCGCUUCUUACCCGCUACGCCUGGCGCCUUGCGCAGGUAUUCUUCCGCUUUGGCUUUUUGGCGGCGCGCCUCAUCCUUGUCUCCCGCGGCUACGGCGUCGCGGUAGAGUUCGACGGAUGCGAUACCUGCCAUGUAGUAGUACAGUGCGUGACUCCAGUCGUUAAGCUCGAGGCAUCGCAUGAAGGAGUCGCGCAUAAGAGGCCAGUCCUGAAUGGCCAUUGAAUUGAGCGAGAGCUCAAAGUUAUUGAGUGCCGUGACUUGCUUCAUCUUGGACUCACCGCCGGUGGUGAGAACUUCAACGGCUUUGGGGAGGUCACGCUCAUUGCUGUGCAGACGCGCCUCUUCAAUGAGCCAGAGUCGCGAGUCGGGGUAUCGAGAGCGCAUCGAUGCAAGAAGUUUCUCGCAUUUUUCUCGUGGAGGCCCGACAAUCUCAGCACCCUCGUCGAAAUCUUUUGCAUCGGGGAGGAUGUCGACUGCGCCCAGGAGAGCAUUGUAGUAAGACAGCAGGACAAGACCGGCGAUGGCGCCGUUGACAUUGGCGUAAGCGGUGGAGCGCCAGAGCAUGCGAACGCCACGCUCACGAUCACCACGGAAGCCAACAACGGAAAGGAGACGAGUGAAAGCGGGAGGAACCAGGGUCAACAUGAGAAGAAUCAUACCAAAACACAUGUUAGCCCCGGAGUGAACAAAGAUGUCGAGGGGGUUUUCAAGAAGAACAGAGUCGGACUCGGUAGGCUUCGAUCGAGCCUCACGCAGAGGUGCACCUUCAUCGAUCUUCUCAUCCUCGGUGGUCGAUGAGCUUGAAGAGUCUCCAGUCGCAGGAGUCUGUGUGCCAGAAGCCGAGUCAAUAUCAAGCUUCUCCAUGCUCUUAUUCAAUUCCGUAACAGGCUUAGCGGAGAGCGAUGCCUCUGAAGUUGACUGAGGCAUAUCCUUGAGCGUCUUCGCCUCAGCCUCAAUAAUCGCAUCAAGCGUCAUGAACGCCUUGCGAAGCUUAAGAAAACUCUUCAUCGCAUCAAUGAGACUCUCAUGCAAAACACCAACCACAGCGCCCAUGAGCUGCGUCUCCGCACGAACGAGCUCGAAUUCUGUACCGGGAGGAUACAACUUACUCCCCGCACGAGCCUUGCCAUGCUUCUGAGCCUUUUUGUAAUCCGCCCAAGCUUUUGCUUCACAUUCAUCGAGCUUAGUGGUGGUCUCGGUCAUGACGGCUUUUUCAAAGCCCAGCACGGAGCGCAUGAAGAUGGUGACUGCCAAACCAAGCUGGUGAAAGGACGAGUCUCCCGUCUGAAGCUUCUCCCAAGCUCCGUCGAUAUCGUCGUUCAUGAUGAGGCCGCACGAUGCCAUUGCGUCGUCAAUAUCCUCCAUUUCUCGGGCCAUGGUGUCUUUGGUGGUGAUGGAGCCAGCAUCGCUGUUGGCCUCAGUAGCUGGCGUCGCGGUUCCGGACCGGAACCAACCCGCUAAACGACUCAUUUCGAUGAAUCUUUGGAGUCUGAUUGACUAGGUGAGGUUGAGAUGGAAGAGUAUUCUGGUGAUAUACGCGCGAAUUGAUGCUGAGCCUCGAAUGCUGACGUCUUAGGCUGAAUGAGGGAUCUUAAGCCCCUCUUUGUGGCGUUUACCCUGAUGCUGACAGACGAGACGGGACCAUCCGCUUCAGGUUUUGUGAUGAUAACAUGCAGAUUCAAGAUAGUCUGUAAUAAUGAAGCUUGAGGAUAGGGAGUGAGAGGCUUUUGAGGUUGAGCCAGAGAAAAAAAAAACCACUCGUAAUGCUGAGAUCAAAAAUUCAGUUCCACCUCAUCAUAGGUAGCUUGUGCUUAUGCAGGUAAGCUAAGCCUGCUAAGCUACCUGCCCCCCCACCAAAUCCGCGGAGUUUAGGCGGGCUUACGCAUGAGCUCGGGGCCAAUCGGAGCUUGGGACUGACAUCAUUGUCGUUGAUGCGACUCCGGCUUUGGAUAAUGAUCUUGUGCAUUUAUCCAGCUCGAUCAAAGAAUUAUACUGUACUUCAUAUCACCAUUCUAUUUGUUUUGUUUUGACUCUGCUCUGUCACUGGCAUGCUUGUAAGCGUCUGAUUCAGUCACCGUCUCG